UUCCCCAGCGUUUCCUGUAUUGGCACGCCUUGAUCAAAGCAAACGUGUAUUCAAACUGACGGAAUUCUAAACAGAGACAUGUAUACUUGACCACUCAAAAUACGUCCUUACGCUUUUCAGUAAAAGUUGGAGAGGUUCCUGGAGUAGAAGCAUUUUUGUUAAAUAUCCUUGUUGUAAGCUUUGUGCUAUAUGAAUCCUGGAUAAGAUUUUACAGAUAUUUGAUAAGCAUUACAUGAUCGUCGAUUUAGUAGGUGUGUAGAGAGCUUUCUGAAGUAUUCUCUUUGAUCGUGAGAUUACCUUUUAUGAACAAUGUUUGGAUUUUCUUUUUUGAUCUUUUAUGGCGUUUUGGCAAUAAUGAACAUCUCAUCGGCUCAAGAUCCACCGUGGAGUUGCUCAUUCGAUGAACCUUACGGAGAGCGAGAUGAACCAUGCGAUAUUUGUCGUGAAAAGGAGUCCCAACUUUUCUAUUGGUUUUUGACAAACAAAAACAAAGCUUUUGAUGGAAAUCAACCGUAUUUUCGGGCAGCUCUCAACAAUCCUGGCGGAGUCGAAGGUAGUUCUGCUGAGUGCACGCUAUUCAAUGCUUCUUUACCAACAUCAAAUGGCUGGCUACUCUCGUUCAGAUAUAUCUUCAAUUCGGAAUCUCGCAACGAAAGGCAUGGCUAUUUUAAUUACAGUGUAUGCAAGGGUGAAGGUACUGUGCAUCCAUUACAUGUUGUUGAAGGCUGGGCAUUGAGACAACACUCAUUCAACUGCUCGGAUGUCGAGAUUUCCUUCAAAGCAGUUCGAGGAGACGAUAACACUAAUGUAGGAAUUGACGAUGUUAAUGUAGUCCAACCAGGUAUUUGUAUGGCAAUGUAA